AUGGCCAAAGGUGGAAGAAUGUGGUUUUUGAACGAUGGUUGCACCUUGGGGGAGCUUACUGAGAUGGCGCGAGAUGAUUAUAACUUGGGCAAGAAGACUGAGCUCAUCGAGUUAACCUACUCACCACCAGACUCAAUGUUGCAAACUAUGGCUCCAGAUACACCUCCAAUGCAUGUCACCAAUGAUAGACAAGAGAACCAGGAAGGAUUAGAUGAAGAGUUAGGUGAGGAGUCUGAGGAAAAUUCAGAACAUUCUACCGAUGAUGAGGCAGGUAUUUCUGAUGUGAACGAGGAUGGAGAAGAUGUUGACGAUGCAGCUUACUCUGACGGAGAAGAUUACAGUGUCUACGGUAAAGUGAAAGAUGAUGAUGAAGAUUAA